CCCAGAAGCUCAGACGAACGCCUCCGACACGGUCCGUUCCGACAUAUAGCCGGAGAGGUUUUACACGUGCACAAAUUUACGCGCGGAUGCAUUUAAAUUUAAAAUUUUAUAUAGAGAAGUUUCUGAAGCAGUGAAUAAUAAAAUCAACUAAAUACUUGCUAUAUUAUUUUAUUGUCGUAAAUAAAUAUACUUUUUUGCUUUAUCGUUAUUUUUAAUUAUUUCAAAGUUUUCUUGUCCUAAGUUAUUGUAGUGUUAAGUUUUGGUGUUUGCUGUGAUUCUUCAGGUGUUCCUGUCAGUUGAUGUGCGCACCUUGAAACCUGAUUCAGUCCAGUUCGUCGAAAUGAGGCGGCAGAUAUCAAUGCCAGUGGCGAGUCCGCCGGGUGGCGCGGGCGCACCACGCGAGGAGGUGCCCCGUCCCCCGCCCCCCGCCCCGCGCAACGGCUCACCCAAACAAGGCGCCCUCACAAUAGUCCGUCGUUCGUCUAGCCGCGGUAAGACGGAGAGCUCUCCGCCGACCGACGAACAGCUAGACCAACUCGAUCUAGACACAGAGCACUUGCCCGCUGUCGAUACGCCCGAUGCAUGCGACAAAGCCGCACUUAGAUUACGCUACCUCCUUAGACAAUUAAACAGAGGUGAAAUACCAGCUGAGACACUACAAAAGAACCUCCAAUAUGCCGCAAAAGUCCUCGAAGCCGUCUACAUAGAUGAAACCAAGGAUAGGAGAGGUCCAGAGCAGCCGCGUAUGCAGCCGGCGACACUUCACAUGAGGCGCCUACGCACACCAUGCUGGGCGAGGUGUUCUGUAGAGAAACCGAACGAAGCAAAACCGGCUGUGGCGCGACAGCAAUCGGCGCCGACCCUGGUGUUUAGGAGACUGGCAGAUGAAGAUGACGAAUUAUCAGAAGUACAACCAGACGCUGUGCCUCCUGAAGUGCGGGAAUGGCUCGCAUCAACGUUCACAAGACAAUUGGCGACGGCGAAGCGAAAGUCAGAUGAGAAGCCAAAGUUCAGAUCAGUGGCGCACGCAAUCCGCGCUGGCAUAUUCGUCGACAGAAUCUACAGGAGGGUUACGAAUACAGCACUCAUGCAAUUUCCUCAAGAUGUUGUCAGAGUGCUCAAAACAUUAGACGAGUGGUCAUUCGACGUUUUCGCCUUACACGAUGCUUCCGCCGGUCAGCCUGUCAAAUACUUAGGAUAUGAACUCUUGAACAGAUAUGGAAUGAUACAUAAGUUUAAGGUGCCGCCCACGAUCCUGGAGAACUUCUUGAGUCGAAUAGAGGAAGGCUAUUGCAAGUUUCAUAACCCCUACCACAAUAACCUCCAUGCAGCUGACGUCGCUCAAACCGUUCACUACAUGUUGUGCCAAACUGGACUUAUGAACUGGUUAUCAGAUCUCGAAAUCUUCGCCACGUUGGUAGCAGCUGUCAUCCACGACUUCGAGCACACGGGCACCACGAAUAAUUUCCACGUAAUGUCUGGCUCAGAUACAGCUCUGCUGUACAACGACAGAGCCGUACUCGAAAAUCACCACAUAAGUGCUGCGUUCAGACUGAUACGUGACGAAGAAUGCAACAUACUCCAGAACUUGUCACGAGACGAAUUCCGUGAAUUCCGCACUCUCGUUAUCGACAUGGUGUUGGCGACGGACAUGUCGUUCCACUUCCAACAGCUAAAGAACAUGAGAUCCUUACUUACUCUCGCCGAGCCAACCGUAGACAAGUCCAAAGCGGUAUCGCUGGUGUUGCAUUGCUGUGACAUUUCACAUCCAGCUAAGAGAUGGGAUCUUCACCACAGGUGGACUAUGAGCCUUCUCGACGAAUUCUUCCUCCAGGGUGACAAAGAGAGAGAGUUGGGACUCCCGUUCAGUCCUCUAUGCGAUAGGAAUAACACCCUCGUAGCGGAGUCCCAGAUCGGUUUUAUAGACUUCAUCGUUGAACCCAGUAUGGGCGUGUGUGCUGAUAUGCUGGAAUGCAUAUUAGGGCCUCUGCAUUCCAGCACCAAGAAUUCUUCAAGUUCCGCUGGACAAGAGCCCAUAAACGAAGAGAGUACAGGAGCUGAACCUAUUAGUAAAUUCAAGAUAAAGAAACCGUGGGUCGCUUGUCUCACGGACAACAAGAAGAUAUGGAAAGAACAAGCCGCUAAAGAUGCUGAAGCACGAGCUAAGCUGGAGGAGGAGACGAAUGGUACAUCCCCACCAACAGAAGAAUAAUAUUUAGCCACAUUUGUAAAUAGCGUGAAAACUAGUUGUUGCAACAUGUUUCAGUCAUUGUUGAAUAAGAGCUAGGCUAUUGCUGUAUCUCGUUGUCACGUUCGCUUGUCACUCGUUUGUGACAAAUUUUGUAUUAUUUGCACAAAGUUAACGAUCAUUUAUUUCUUCUUUCUGGUGUAUUGUAAUGGUAUAAAAAUAGUUUAGUAUUGAAUUUGAUAGCCUAUUAUUC